AUGGCCACCAAGUCGCUCGCAUCAUGCAUCUUCUGCAAGAUCAUCAAGGGUGAAAUUCCGUCGUUCAAGCUCAUCGAGACGGAUCUCUCGUACUCCUUCUUGGAUAUUGGGCCUAUCGCACGGGGUCAUACCGUGAUCAUCCCGAAAUACCACGGGGAGAAGCUACAUGACAUCCCCGACGAACAUCUCAUCGACCAGAUGAAGAUCGCGAAGAAGUUGGCAGUCGCGCAAGGUCUCGAGAACUACAAUAUCCUACAGAACAACGGAAAGGCCGCUCACCAGGUGGUCCCCCACGUCCAUUUCCACUUAAUCCCAAAACCCGUGAACGAGGCCGGUGAGGGAAAUGAUUCCGAAGGGCUUGUCAUCGGUUGGCCUGCUAAGCAGCCCUCGAAGGAUGAGCUCGCGGCCUUGCACGCGGAAAUAACAAGCAAGCUCUAA